AUGAAGUUGCUAUUUCUUGUAUUUCCAGCUCUUGUUACUGUAUGUUUCAGUCAAGAAUUAAUAGAUUUGAGUGACUUUAGUGGAAAUAAUAUUAAAAAUCAGUUGAAUACAGUUCCUGCACCUUUUGGAAUUUACAUUUCUGCCCAUUCGGAUUCCGCGAAUUUAUUGUCUAGUAUGUUUAUUGUCACUGGAAAUGGAAAACAGAUUUCACUGAACGAGUUGAAGAACCGGAAAGCUGCAGAUAAUCCAUCAGAACUGGAGCCUUACACAGUGGAUGAUACUGCAUAUCUGACGACUGCUCUCACUAAAUAUCAAUUAAGUCAACUUAAUGGUGUCAUGUACAUUGGUAUAUUCAAUCAGUUGUUGAAUAAUAACUUCUUCGUCAUGGACAUUUCCAAUGCAAUGAAUAUAAAACUUCAAAGACUCGGCAAAAUCAAUUCAACUAUUCUAUUCUUAAACACUAAUAUGGCUUUGAAUCCAUAUAAAUCAAGUGUUAUCAGUCAAUGGAAACAAAAUGGAGACUCAUCUGCAUAUCUCUACGCCAACUAUCCGAUGGACACACCCGAGACAAAAAACUCUCAAAUAUUCUCAAAUCCGAUGAAAACCGAUCAAACCGAUGUGUUCUUUUCAAAUGUAGAAAAGUUUUCAAUCAUCAUGAAGUCGUUUUAUUUGAAAACAUUUAAUGGGGGACCUGACUUCACAGUGACACCUGGAUAUUACUCCAUCGAUAGAACAACUACUUCCGCAUACACUACCACUGGAUUCUACAUGAAACAGAGUGGGAAAAUUGACAGCACAAUGACGAUCAAUACGAUGAGAGAUACUAAAUACUCUGGAGUAACCGGUGCAAAUAUAAUCGGAAGUCUCCCAGUGGGUGGCAAGGUUCAAGUGGGAGAAUAUGAUGGAGCAUCGAAAAAUGAGUUCUCGAUUCCUCCGAAUGAUUCUAUUGUUCCAUGGAGUGCUCCAGUUAUUGGACAGAACAUUCAGAUUUCGUCAGAGAAUGGGGCACCCGGACAGUAUUAUGUGCAGUAUUUUGUUUUCCAAGGACAACUCUCUACUGGAGCCACUUCUCUCCCUGGUCGACAGACUACAGUGAACCCUGGAAAUCCAACAGUUCCAGGAAAAACCACAACAAAAAUUGAAACCACAACAAAAUCUUCUGGGCUAUUGAACACUAUCGGGUCAAUGAUUAUUAUGACUGUUUACUGUCUUGUUUUGAAGUAA